GAAGAGACAAGGACUUGAAGGGUUGGCAUUCGAAGAGUCUAUUUAUUGGUAUUUGUUUGUAUACGUAAAUAAAUAAUACAUUGUAUUUCCCUUUGUGCCUUAUAUAUUUGGUCAUCUGGGACAUAAGAAUAGACAAGUAAAUUUUUCCCACAAAUUACUCCUGCGUUACAUGGUAUCAGAGCUGAGCGUGCAUGCCGUUGUUGCGUCAACGACCAUGUUGUGAGCCACCACAACGUCACCCUCUUUCCUUCUCUGCAGUUACUGCCAUCAUGACGGACAAGAAGGAUGAUCAUUUUGAUGACAAUGAUGCUAUCCGGAAGGAUGGUCGGGAGGUCGAAACAGCGGGCGAGGGACCGGAGGAGGAGGUUGCGGAAGUAGCCACGGUGGUGGUCGACUGGUCGUGCCUGCAGGAGCGCUUGUCAUGGACAGAACAGCAGUGGGCAGCGGUGCGUCAUGCCUUGUCUAUGUCUCCAAUAGGUUCAACACUUCAUGAAUUGCUGUCUGGGGCUGGUUCGGAUCUGAUCAGAGGCUGGUUUGGAUCUGGUCAGGGGUUGUUUGGUCGGUUUUGGGUGAACUUGGCGAUUAGGGUUUCUGAUUUUGGACCUGGUACUCGUUGGUUCGGGUUCUUUGAUUUAGGGUUUGUUUUCUUUUGGAGGUUGCUUGGUUUCGGGCCGUUAUUCCUUGGUAAUUUCUCUGGUUUUUUUUUCUCUCGUUUUGCAAUGGCCGAGGACGGGAGGGUUCGAAUCGAGAAGUUCAACGGUACUGAUUUUGCAUGGUGGAAAAUGCAAAUAGAGGCGUUGCUUGGUGAGUGUGAUUUAGACAUGGUACUGGAAGAGAAACCGGAUGGAAUGGAUAAGGCUGCUGAAGCAAUUUGGGACUCAAAGGACAAAAAGGCAAGAGGUAAAAUUACACUAGCUUUGACGAGGAGUGUGGCGUUUAAUAUCAUGAAGGAAACAACUGCUCGUGGUAUGUUAACAGCUCUGUCAAAUAUGUAUGAGAAACCGUCGGCCGGUAAUAGAGUGUUCUUGAUGAGGGAAUUGUUCAUGAUGAGAAUGAACGAGGGCAGCCCAGUUGCUGAUCACAUUAAUGAGGUCAAUUCGAUCUUGUCGAGGUUNGACAUGGUACUGGAAGAGAAACCGGAUGGAAUGGAUAAGGCUGCUGAAGCAAUUUGGGACUCAAAGGACAAAAAGGCAAGAGGUAAAAUUACACUAGCUUUGACGAGGAGUGUGGCGUUUAAUAUCAUGAAGGAAACAACUGCUCGUGGUAUGUUAACAGCUCUGUCAAAUAUGUAUGAGAAACCGUCGGCCGGUAAUAGAGUGUUCUUGAUGAGGGAAUUGUUCAUGAUGAGAAUGAACGAGGGCAGCCCAGUUGCUGAUCACAUUAAUGAGGUCAAUUCGAUCUUGUCGAGGUUAUCAUCAGUAGGCAUGAAGUUCGAUGAUGACACUCAGGCUGUGAUUCUGUUAUCUUCCUUGCAUGAUAGUUGGUCGGGAUUUGUGACACCUGUUAUUGAAACUGCUGGAACAGGAAACUUGAAGUUUGAUCGGAUACGGGAUAGUGUUUUGGGUGAAGACAUUCGCCGGAGGAACGCUAGUGGAGGAUCUACUUCUGGGUUACUCAGUGUUAGCAGGGGAAGAGGUAAUAACAGAAACAGUGAGAGUCGUGGGAAGAGCUCGUCUAAGGCUGGAAAGAAUGUGGUGUGUUGGGUCUGCAAAGAAGUUGGCCAUGUCAAGAGUCAAUGCCCAAACAAGAAAAACGAAAUUAGCGCAGUUGUUGGGAAUGCAUCUGAUGAUGAUAGUGAUGCAUUGAUACUCAGCAUAGAAAGCUAUGUUGACUCUUGGGUCAUGGAUUCUGGUGCUUCGUUUCACGCCAUGCACAGCGGUGAGGCGAUGGUGAAUCUCAAAAAGGGAGACUUUGGAAAGGUAAAGUUGGGUAACGGGAAAAUCCUUAAACUGACAGGCAUGGGAGAUAUUGAUCUAAAAACUUCAUUUGGAACUACUUGGAGCUUACAAAAUGUCAGGGUGAUUCCAAGACUGAAGACAAAGUUGAUCUUAGUCGGACAAUUGGAUGAACAGGGACUAGACGUCAAGUUUGGUGGUGGAAAAUGGAAGGUGAUCAAAGGAAAUUUGGUUAUUGCUCUAGGCUUGAAAAGAGGAUCGUUAUACAUUGAUAUAUAUCCGGGAGCAUGCCCGAAGACUCUCCGUAGCCCGCCAAGGGAAAGACAGAUCAGGGGAAUAAAGCCCAAGUGUGGUGACAUUAAUUGGGUUGAAACUUCUCCAUUUUCCUGUCUUAGAACCCAACCCAACACCAUGGUUGUCCUACACCCACCCUAGGCUGAGCCCACACUCUCCAUACCUUCCCUAAACAUCCAAAAUAUUUCCUUUUCAAAAUAAAGUUUUCCUACUCCUAUUUUAGGCCCUGGCCGAAAAUAAGAGUGUGUAAACCACAACCUUUGUUUGUUGUUAUUUUCUUUCUUUUAAACCUUUUAAUAAACAAAUAAAACCUUCUAUCCUUUUCUAUAAAUCCCAGGCCAAAUAUCUCUCAUUA